AUAAGUAAGAUUAAUUACAUUUUUGUUUAGGAAUUGCUGUAUCAAAUGAUGGCUUAGUAGUUGUUAAUUGGAGAUCUAAAUAUGUAACCGAAAUGGAUACUUCAGGAACUACAUUAAAAUCGUUUACAUACAACGCGUUUCAAGAACCUAUAGAUGUUGCAGUUGAUAACAGUUAUGGCCAUAUUUUAGUGGCUGAUAAUGGAAUGAGUUGCGUCUAUGUUUUUGAUUCGGAUGGAAAAAUAUUAUUUCAAGUGGGAAAAAAGGGAACGUUUAAAUUAAUUUCAGCAGUAACCGUUAGUUUAACGGGAGAAAUUAUUGUGGCUGAUACGAGAGUUCAAAUUUUUUCAGCCAAAGGAGAUUACGUUGAGACUUUAUAUGAUGAAGGAAAAAAUAAAGGAAGAUAUGGAGGUAUAAUAACCGAUACCGAAAAUCGUAUCUUAGCAAGUAGGUCGGAACAAAAAGGAAGAAAUUACGUGCAGCUUUUAUCUCGAAACGAUAAACUCUUACAAAACGUAAUUAAUUCCAAUGAAAAUAAAUUAAAACGACCAAGCGGUAUUGCAGUUACUUCAGAUAAUCAUGUAAUUGUUGUUGAUUUGGGAAACAAUUGUAUAAAAAAGUAUAGAUAUUGGUAAAAUCAAAACUUUCAACGAUACUUUGAACUAAAUAUAGUUAGACACAAGGCGAUUUCCUUUUACGUUUACAAUUACAUACUAUAAGCUUGUAAAUAAUCGAACGUUUAACUUAUACACUACCUUACUACCUUUGUGAUUACUUGCACUUAAUUUUAUCAAUGUACAAACUGCCUUUUAAAACGACAUUCGUCGCAAUACAUAGUGAACGUUAAGCUAAAUCUUGUACAUUUACCUGUUGCUUUUUUAAUUUUUUCCUGCUGUAUAUUUUUCUUUUAGCCGUUCACAGAUUGUACUUAUUAUUCAGACACAACGCACUGUUGAAAUGAAAUAUUGAAAAUGUGGAAUCUUUUUUACUUUUUUUUUUAAAUUCAUUUUCUUUUAUAAGCAAAUUAUAAGUUGUAGCGUAUUCGUACUUGUAUACUAGAAUUACAGCGUUAUUUUAUUUUAUCCUUUUUUUUUUUCGUUUUUCUAGUCAUUAGAAUGUAUUUUUUAUACAAUGUAUU